UUAAAAGCAUGAGUGCCUAAAGGAGUAUCACAUCGAAUAUCGUUACAGUACUGUGACAGACGUAUCGUUAUCUACUAUCGUGAAGUCGCAUUUUUGUUCGAUCUUUGGUAAACAACGCGCAGUGGAAAUAGUAUCAGGAUUGAGAGUGUCAAGAUCACAAGUCUGAAACAUGGAUACAAUUAAUGAAGAAAUGAAUGAAAAUGGAACCGAUGAAGGAUUGAAUAAGAUAAAUUCUCUCGAGGAAUUCUACGGCGGUAGUGGGAUCCUUGUAACUGGGGCAACCGGAUUCGUAGGAAUAUGUCUUUUGGAAAAACUGAUGCGCGUGUGUCCACGCGUCGCUGCUAUUUUUAUACUAAUCCGUCCAAAAACUAACGAAACGAUAGAACAACGACUUAAGAAGCUCAUAGAUGAUCCCAUUUAUGAUGGCAUUAAAGCAAAGAACCCCUCACUUUUCAGCAGAGUUUAUCCCAUGAAAGGUGAUGUGAGUCUGCCGGAUUUAGGUCUUUCGCGAGAAAAUAGAAAUCUGUUGUUAGAGAAAGUAAACAUAGUGUUUCACGCCGCGGCCACUGUGAGAUUCAAUGAGCCGUUACACGUGGCUGUUAAUGUGAAUACGAAGGGUACUCUUCGUGUCAUCGAGCUUUGGAACGAACUAAAGCAUCCGAUUAGCUUCGUUCACGUCAGCACAGCCUUUAGUAAUGCGAAUCUACAUGAGAUUGAGGAAAAAGUUUAUACUACGAACUUGAACCCUUCAGACGUGAUCGAUAUAUGUGACAAAUUCGACGAAACGUCGAUCAACCAAAUAGAAAAAAAGAUUUUAAAAACUUAUCCAAACACAUACACAUUCAGUAAGAAUUUAGCAGAGCAGAUUGUAGCAAACAAGAGUAAACACCUGUCAGUUGCGAUAGUACGGCCAAGCAUAAUUGGUGCUUCUCUGGAAGAACCAUAUCCUGGUUGGAUACAGAAUAUUUCUGGAAUUACAGGUAGCUUUCUGCUAAUCGGCAGAGGAUGUGCAACAGCAAUAUGGGGCAGGAGAGAUGCAAGAUUGGAUUUAGUGCCUGUCGAUUUCGUAGUCGAUAUGAUAUUAUGUACUGCAUGGCAUGUCACGUUACAUAGUGAUCAUGAAGUUAAAGUUUACAACUGCACGAGUAACGCAUGCCCCUUUAAAUGGGGUCAGUUGAAAGAUACCCUGGUGAAAUGUACUAUAGAAACGCCACUGAACGAUACAUUAUGGUAUCCGGGUUGUCCAAUGAUAGCUAAUAGAUAUAUUUACAACGUUCGCAGUGUGAUUCCGCAUGUUUUGCCUGCGUUCGUCAUAGAUAUAUUUUUAAGACUUCGAGGUAGUAAACCAAUAAUGAUGAAACUUCUCCAAAAUAGCAAUAAGCUGUUUACAGUAGCAGGAUAUUUCGCCAUGUACGAAUGGACUUUCCAAAGGGAUAACUGUUCCGACUUGGCGAGGAAGGCGACAAUGUUACACGACAGCGAUAUGGUGAAACUAGAUUUACGGGAUAUGAAUUGGGAGAAGUAUGUUGAAGUUUACCAGAUGGGAAUUAAGAAAUUUAUUCUGAAAGAAGAGUUUAAGUCAACGUCCCGACAACGAUUAUCAAGGUUGUACUGGAUACAUCAGAUCACCAAAAUGUCCAGUAUAAUGAUCUUACUACUGAUAAUAUACUGUAUCGUGUACUAACUAUUUGAACGUUAUUUCUUCUGUUUAAACUAGAGGAAUAUAAAUACAAUUUUAUGAAGAAGGGA